AUGAAGGCGGUCGUCUGGAUUCUCUCGCUCUUCCUCUCCGUCUUUACGGCGCUUGCCGCAGACUUGCCUGCCGUGCAAGUCGUGGGCAACAAGUUUUUCUUCAAGAACAACGGAUCUCAGUUCUUGAUUAGAGGUAUCGCCUACCAACAGAACACCGCAGAGAGAUCCAACUCCACCGGUGAUGUUUCCGACUACAACGAUCCAUUGGCCGACGGCGCUGCAUGCAAGCGUGACGUUGAGUACAUGAUCAAGUCCAACACAAACGCAUUGAGAGUGUAUGCCGUCGAUCCUACCAAGAACCACGAUGAGUGCAUGAAGACCUUUUCUGAUGCUGGUAUCUAUAUUAUUGCCGAUCUUUCCGAGCCAAAGGCCUCCAUCAACAGAGACAGCCCCGAAUGGAACUUGGAGUUGUACAACAGAUACACCUCUGUGGUGGACAUGUUCGCCAACUACUCCAACGUCUUGGGUUUUUUCGCCGGUAACGAGGUCACCAACAACAACACCAACACCGGUGCCUCUCCAUUUGUCAAGGCUGCCAUCAGAGACAUGAAGGCUUACAUCAAGUCCAAGGGCUGGUCCUUCCCUGUGGGUUACUCGUCCAACGACGACGACCUCAUCAGAGUUCCAAUUGCCGACUACUUUGCCUGUGGUAAGCUCGAGGAGAGAGCCGACUUCUUUGGUAUCAACAUGUACGAGUGGUGUGGUGAGUCCACCUUCGCUACCUCUGGUUACAAGGACAGAACCGACGAGUACAAGAACUUGACCAUUCCUGUCUUUUUCUCCGAGUACGGCUGUAACACUGUUAGACCUAGAAAGUUCAGCGAGAUCGGCACCAUUUUCAGCAGUCAGAUGACCAACGUCUGGUCUGGUGGUAUUGUCUACAUGUACUUCGAAGAGGAGAACAACUACGGUCUCGUCUCCGUUGACGGUUCCAGCGUCAAGACCAUGGACGACUUCCAGUACUACGCCUCCGAGAUGAACGCCAUCAAGCCCACCUACGCCAAGUCUGCUGACGUCGGCGCUGCUGCCACUGCUACCAUGGCUUGUCCUCCUCCUGGCGCCAACUGGAACGCUUCUCCAUCCUUGCCUCCUAGUCCAGACAAGGGUGUUUGUGAGUGUAUUACCAACUCCUUGCAGUGUGUUGUCUCCGACAAGGUCAGCUCCAAGGACUACGGUGAGUUGUUCGGCCACGUCUGUGGUAACAUCGACUGUUCCGCUGUUGCAGUUAACGGUACUACUGGUUCUUACGGUUCCAUUUCUUUCUGUAACGACAAGGAUAAGUUGUCUUACGUUUUGAACAAGUACUACCUUUCCCAGAACAGCCGUGCCGAUGCUUGUGACUUCUCUGGCUCUGCUUCUUUGGUUUCUUCCACUGCCAGCGCCGCCAGCUCCUGUAAGGCUGUCGUCUCCUCCGUUUCUGCCAACUCCAAGGCAACUGGCUCCAGCGGUUCCACUGGCUCUGCCUCUGGCUCCAGCUCCGGCAGCUCUCAAGGUACUUCUUCCACUUCCAAAAAGAACGCUGGUAACGCUGUUCAACCUGCCUCGACCAACGCUGUCCUUACUGCUCUCAGUAUUGUGCUCACUGUUGCUGGCGGUUUUACAUCGUUCUUUGUAUAA